CGAGGCGUACGUUUUAUCCGUUCCACUGGCAAGCAGUCGGAAACUGAUAAAAUACGUUGCGAAUAUACCCAAAUAUCACCCUUAUGUCUGUGUUUACUCAUCAAAAACAAUAAUCAAUCGCUCGGAUAGCUCUGAGACAACUUCAAAGCGUUCUUCCUCUUUGUUUUAUCUUUAUUUUUUCUUUUCUGUUCCUUUAUUUUCGCCGGGAAAACGCCGGGUGUAAAAUUGUGUGGAUACGCAGUAACUUGUAGUGCUUGUGUAAGUAACGUUCAGUGACGGUUCGGACAAAGAAAUUUUGUUAGACAACAUCGUUUUUUGUGUGUUUGUUUUGGUAUUUUUGUUGGUUUUUGUCCGACGGAGGUGUGGUUAACUGUCACGUGGAAAUCGAUCGCCCGGCUUUUCUGAGAAUCACGAGGACAUUGUGUGCGCGCGGAACACUUUUAAGAUAAAACUGUUUGGGAUUGAUUUGGAAGCUGUGAAACAAAGGCUUGAAAGGUGAACGUACUUCGACUUAUAGCAGAACCCAGUGUACUUGAAGGACGAGGCAAGCUGGACGCCGAUCAUGUAUUAGAUAUCGCACAAACGAUAUCGAAACGGAUGCCGGUUUCCUGAAGAUGGCCUCACGCACCCCGUCCCUUGAGUCGCUGCCCGGUGCUAACUCUAUAGGUUCGCUGGAGCGUGGCUCCUUAUCGCCCUUGACCCUGAGCGGCUCAUCGCCUCCUGCGAGUGACUCCGCCGUAUGUGACCUCCGCGAGUUCGACGGCCUUGACACCAUCUGCGCGAUCUGCCGAGAAACAUUCGUCGACCCGAAAGUACUCAACUGCUUCCAUACUUUCUGCCGGGCUUGCCUGGAGAGGGAGCAAACACACCCCGACAAAGUAACGUGCGUUACCUGCCGCGUGGACAGCCAGCUGCCGCCCGCGGGUGUACCUGGUCUGCUCACAAACCUAGUGGUAGCCGCCGCCGUCGAGCAGGACGCUGACUUGCUCCCGUCUGCUCGCCAAACAAGCUCGCCGUCUGCUCGUUGCACCGGCUGUAAAUCAAAGGAAUCAGACGCCGUAGCGCGUUGCGUCGACUGCGCCAAUUUCCUCUGCCCGAAUUGCGUCAUGGCGCACCAAUUCAUGCAUUGCUUCGAGGGCCACCGCGUGCUGGCGUUCACAGACUUGAAAGAUGAUAAGGGCAUGCUCGGAUCUGCACUUACGACGAGCGGAGACAAGACCGCUUUUUGCCCACGACACAAAAAUGAUAUACUUAAAUAUUAUUGUCGUACAUGCUCUGUGCCGGUAUGCAAAGAAUGCACUAUAAUCGAACAUCCAGCUACCCUACAUGAUUGCGAGCAUUUAUCCGAUGCAGGACCCAAACAAUUAGAGCUUAUGCAGACGGCUGUAAAUGAAGCUAAGACACGUGCCACUGAAAUCAGGCAUGUUGUAAAAACUGUUGAACACGCCGCUGGAAAACUGCAAGUUCAGUACCACAAAGCUCAAAACGAAAUUAACGACACGUUUCAAUUUUACCGCUCAAUGCUCGAGGAACGUAAACAGGAACUACUGAAAGAACUCGAGAGCGUUUUCUCUACAAAACAAAUCGCACUCACAGUAGUUGGGCAGAAGGCUCAAGAGACUGUUGAUAAGAUUUAUCAAACCUGCGACUUUGUAGAGCGACUGACUAAAUGCGCCAAUAUAGCCGAAAUAUUGAUGUUCCGAAAACUUUUAGACACAAAGUUACAGUCACUAAUGAGUUCUAAUCCAGAACAAAGCGUACAAACCGCAUGCGAGCUUGAAUUCGUUUCCAAUUACCAGGCGAUUCAAGUUGGAGUGCGUAACACAUUUGGAUAUGUGCGAUCAAGCUCGGAAGCAAAUGUUGGGCCUACUAAACAACCACCCAUUGCUCGUCCCACCAAUGGCUCUCUAUUAAAUGGUGGUUCUUCAUCCAGCAGCAGCAGUGUAAAUGGAAGCUCUGGUAGCUUGAAUGGUGGUAUUCACCUACCGACUGGACUCAACGGCGUGCUAGACCGCCCAUACACGAAUGGUCUCCUUGGACCCACUAGCCAAUCGACCUCGCCUUUCGAGUCGAAUAUAAUUUCAAAACGCUUCAACAGUGCCAACAGCCUUGGCCCCUUCUCCACUGCCAUUGGAGAUAUCAACCUAAACGGAAUCAAUCCUUAUGAAAAGUGGUCUAAUGGAGGCUGUGACUCGCUCUUCCCGCCUGCAACUACCGAUCCUUACUCGCUAACAACAAGCGCGCAUACAGACCCUAUUCUAGAUUUGACGAACAAACUGAUUUCCACUGCCAUUUUCCCACCGAAAUCUCAAAUUAAGCGCCAAAAGAUGAUUUAUCACUGCAAAUUUGGUGAAUUUGGCGUUAUGGAGGGUCAGUUUACUGAACCUAGCGGCGUCGCUGUCAAUGCUCAAAACGACAUCAUUGUCGCUGACACUAACAACCACCGCAUCCAGAUCUUCGACAAGGAGGGCCGCUUCAAAUUCCAAUUUGGCGAAUGUGGCAAACGAGAUGGACAAUUACUGUACCCGAACAGAGUCGCCGUAGUGAGGACGUCCGGUGACAUCAUCGUCACGGAGAGAUCGCCGACGCACCAGAUACAGAUCUAUAACCAGUACGGACAGUUCGUACGAAAAUUCGGUGCCAACAUACUCCAACACCCGCGAGGUGUCACUGUCGACAACAAAGGACGUAUCGUCGUUGUCGAAUGCAAAGUAAUGCGCGUCAUCAUUUUCGACCAGGUUGGCAACGUAUUGCAAAAGUUCGGGUGCUCCAAACACCUAGAAUUCCCUAACGGAGUAGUGGUCAAUGACAAGCAGGAGAUUUUCAUCAGUGACAACCGAGCGCACUGCGUCAAAGUCUUCAAUUAUGAAGGCAUCUAUUUACGCCAGAUUGGAGGUGAAGGGGUGACUAAUUACCCGAUUGGCGUGGGCAUCAACGCCGCUGGAGAGAUCUUGAUCGCUGACAACCAUAACAAUUUCAACCUAACGAUAUUCACCCAGGACGGACAGCUAGUGUCAGCUUUGGAGAGCAAAGUAAAGCAUGCACAGUGCUUCGAUGUGGCUCUAAUGGAUGACGGGUCGGUGGUGCUCGCCAGCAAAGACUACCGGCUCUACAUCUACCGUUACGUGCAAGUGCCGCCUAUAGGUAUGUGAACCGUACGCCCUGAUCACCGGAGAUCGGAAUGACCGAUGAACUAUAAGCCAAAAAUCGACACAUUCAAACGCAUCCCGUAAAUGUAAGAGACUAACGGCCAUACGUGUCAAUUUUUGUAUAAAGUGACGUUCAAGUGAAAUACGGAACUUGCUAGUUUUUAUAAGUGCAAGUGAUUAUUAUUGUGGCUGUCUCGGUGUGAUCAAUUCAAGUAACGAUAAAGUCCUAUACAAUAUUUUCGGCAUGAGAUCUCUGUAUGCAUUAUUUCUAAACGAAACUGUAAUGAGAUUAGCUAUAGUAUUGACAUUGUUAUUUGGUACCUAUUGGAGGAUAGAGAUUAUUCCGUUGGGUCGAUCCAAAACAAGCGAACGGUGUUCUCCACCCCUAUCAUUUUUUGAUCUAUUGAAUAAUAUUUUUUCAUAUCCCACGUCGUUAAAUUAGGGAUGAAUAUUAAGGGCAUUUGUAUUAUUUAGCCCAUUUGUUGGACCAAUAUUUUAACUAUUACUUAACAAAUUGUUAGGCGUUAAGCGUGUGAUUUUAUCGUAAUAAGAGAGCAUCGAGCGGUAUUGUUGUUAGUUUUAAGGAUAUUCUUCGGCACAAUGGCACUUCCUGUUUUUAAUUAGCACUUAUUCUGUGUCGAUGGAAAUAUGAUUAUGAAACUAAGUAAGAAGUUGUUACAUUAUUAUUAGAUAAGUGUUAAAUUGAUUGAGCUGAUAUGGACAAUCUUUAGUUACUACCCCUCUUUGUAGUUACAAAAUUGUAGGGAAAUGUGAUGGUAGGGGUUUUAUCAAUGACAAAGUCGACUGCGGCGUUAUUCCCGACAGAGUCUCCAGAUGGCAGUGAGGAGCUGCCGAUCCUUCGAACCAAAACAUAUUAAACAUCACAAUGAUCGAAAGUGUUUUAUAUCGCUCAGAU